GAGGAGACACCUCUGAUGGAUUCAGCGAGUUUCCUCUUGAUGGGACUUAGAGAUGGGCUCUUGAAUAAACACAAACCCUGGAUUGAGACAUCCUACCAUGGGAUCAUAACGGAGAACACCGACAGUGUGAUUCUGGAUCCGCCUCUCGUUGCUUUAGAUAAAGAUGCGCCUGUUCCCUUUGCAGGUGAAAUCUGUGCUUUUAAAAUCCAUGGGCAAGAAAUGCCAUUUGAAGCAGUUGUGCUAAACAAGACCUCUGGAGAAGGUCGUCUUCGAGCAAAAAGUCCGAUUGACUGUGAGCUGCAGAAGGAGUACACAUUCAUCAUUCAGGCCUAUGACUGUGGAUCAGGACCAAGUGGAACAAACUGGAAGAAAUCUCACAAGGCAGUGGUCCAUAUCCAGGUUAAGGAUGUCAAUGAGUUUGCACCAGCUUUCAAGGAGAGUGUGUAUAAGGCCACAGUGACAGAGGGAAAGAUCUAUGAAAGUAUCCUGCAAGUAGAAGCCUUGGAUGAGGACUGUUCUCCACAGUACAGCCAGAUAUGCAAUUAUGAAAUUGUCACAACAGAUGUUCCUUUUGCUAUUGACAGAAAUGGUAACAUCAGAAACACUGAAAAGCUGAGCUACGAUAAACAGCACCAGUAUGAGAUAAUGGUGACAGCUUCGGACUGCGGGCAAAAACAUGCAACCGAAAAUGUCUUGGUACAAGUUAAUGUCAAACCAGUGUGCAAGCCAGGCUGGCAAGACUGGAGCAAACGCAUCGAGUACAGGCCUGGUUCCGGCAGCAUCCCUUUGUUUCCCAGCAUUCAUCUGGAGACAUGCGACGGGCCAGUUUCCUCCAUACGUGCCACCAUCGAACUGCAGACCAGUCACAUUAGGAAGGGCUGUGACCGUGAGACGUACUCUGAAAAAUCUCUGCAGAAGCUCUGUGGAGCCUCCUCAGGUGCCAUUGACCUGUUACCGUCUCCUAGUGCAACAAUGAACUGGACAGCUGGGCUACUCAUGGACAGCAACGACAUGAUUUUUAAAUUUGAUGGAAAGCAAGGAGCCAAAAUUCCAGAUGGAAUAGUUCCAAAGAACUUAACUGAUCAGUUCACCAUCACCAUGUGGAUGAAACAUGGACCUAGCCCAGGAUUAAGAGCUGAGAAAGAGACUAUUCUAUGCAACUCUGAUAAGACAGAGAUGAACCGACAUCACUACGCGCUGUACGUGCACAACUGCCGCUUGGUGUUUCUGCUGAGGAAGGAUUUUGACCAGGCAGACACCUUCCGUCCUGCAGAGUUCCACUGGAAACUGGACCAGAUCUGUGAUAAAGAGUGGCAUUACUAUGUUGUCAAUGUUGAGUUUCCCGUUGUUACCUUAUACAUGGAUGGAACAACAUACGAACCUUACCUGGUGACCAAUGACUGGCCUAUUCACCCUUCACACAUAGCCAUGCAGCUAACUGUCGGUGCUUGUUGGCAAGGAGGUGAAGUCACUAAGCCCAGAUUUGCUCAAUAUUUCCAUGGCAGCUUGGCCGGUCUUACUAUCCGGCCUGGCAAAAUUGAGAGUCAGAAAGUGAUUUCCUGUUUGCAGGCCUGCAAGGAAGGUCUGGAUAUUAAUUCUCUUGAGAGUCUUGGACAAGGAAUAAAGUAUCACUUCAACCCUUCCCAGUCAGUCCUUGUCAUGGAAGGAGAUGACAUUGAGAAGAUCAAUCAAGCUCUUCAAAAGGUGUCAUAUAUCAACUCCAGACAGUUUCCUACCGCAGGUGUACGGCGUCUCAAAGUCUCAUCUAAAGUCCAAUGUUUUGGUGAAGAUGUCUGCAUUAGUAUCCCAGAUAUAGAUGCAUAUGUAAUGGUGUUUCAGGCCAAUGAGCCCAAGAUUACAGUAAGUGGAAUGGACCACUUUGCUAGACCAGCUGCACAAUUUGAAACUGAAAGAGGUGUUACUCUGUUACCUGAUAUCAGGAUUGUCAGCACAGUCACUAAAAUGGAGUAUCCAGUGGACCUAAAAGAAAACGAUAAAGCAAAUAAGCCAGUUGUAUUAGAGCAAAUGCUUCACAACCUGGAUUUCUGUGAUGUUUUGGUCAUUGGCAUGGAACUAGAUCCUGAAAAAGAGUGUUUAGAACUAGAUCAUGAGGAGCUUCAAGGGAAACAUCUAGAUGCCACAAAUUCCACUGCAGGAUAUUCAAUCUAUGGCGUGGACACCAUGCACAAUUAUGAACAGGUUCUUCGGCAGAUUAGGUAUCGCAAUUGGUACACUUCUGCCACCUUUGACAGAAAGUUCAGAGUGAAGUGCUCAGAGCUAAAUGGACGUUACACCAGCAAUGAAUUUAACCUGGAGGUUAAUAUUCUACACAGCUCCAACUCCAACUUUAUGGACCAUGUAAAUCAUAUGAUGGUACAGCCACAAUUUCUCCAACCUGUCUACCACCCAGAGGGAAGCAUAAGCGCUUCUCACAGCUCAAUCGUUCCAAGCGUGGCUACUGUCGUUAUCAUAAUCUGCGUGAGCGUACUCAUUUUCAUCAUAGCCUUGGGGGUCUACAGGAUUCGGACAGCUCAUCAGCUCAGCUCCCCAGACAACGAAGGAAGUAAAGAAAAUGAAAUGGACUGGGAUGAUUCUGCUUUGACUAUUACCGUCAACCCCAUGGAGAAAUAUGAAAAGUCUCAUCAGGCAGAAGAGGAGACUGAGGAGGAGGAAGAGGUAGAAGAUGAAGAGGAAGACACAACCAGCGCUGAAUCAGAUGAAACUGAAGAGGAGGAGGAAGAGGAGGAAGAGGAGGAAGUGAUUGUCCAAAAGGGAGACAAACAGAGUGUCACCAGGCAAGAGCAGCUGGAGUGGGAUGAUUCAACACUCCCAUACUAAAAGCCCUCCUGCCACACUGAUCCUUUUGUAAACACCAAUACAAUGUUUUUUUUUUUCAGAGUCUUUGAAUUCAUUGACAGAAUUUGAACUUUUGCUUGCCUAUAACUGUUUUUGCCUAAAAUGAUUUUGUUGUUUUACCUGGUAAUGAUAGAACUGACCCUCUUCCUAGGUGUGAGUUAAAAAGCCUGAAGAAAACACAGUACAAACAUAUUGGCAUCACCAAUAAUAAUCUGKGACUUGAUCUAUUAGCUAGUCCUCUAUUUCCUGUUUCUCUACCAUAUAUAUGAGACAGAAGUCCUGUCACUCAAGCUAUAGAGGUUUUUUGCCUUUGCUCUUUUUCAUAAAGGAGUGAUUUCAACCUGUUAUGAAGAAUACAUUUGUGCKCCAAGUAACCCAGUUGCCAUUUGGCUUCACAAUUUUACACAUGUAAAAUGUAAUUCACCUUCAAAUUAGGGCAGAGUUCUAGUACUACAGGUGACAGAGACAGAAUUCCAUUUAUAUUCUCUUCUGCCUUCUUGGAUGUUAACUGUCUUCUGCGAGGUAUUAUUAUUUAGGACUUGCAAUUACAUGCCUGUGUGCCUGUGCAGAUAUGGACAGCUUAUUUUUCAGAACUGCUGUCAGAACCUGAAAAGGCUUUUAGACAACCCACCCAGGAAAACUUAUCAGGAAGUUUUAAAAAACCAGCAACAAGGGAUGCUGGAGGUUACCAAAAAAAUACCUAUCAUUCUAUGUCCACAGACAAGAGUCUGUUGGUAAUACUAUCUUAGGCAAAACGCAAAUUUUAAUGGGAGUGAUUGAUUUACUAAAAAAAAGCUGUAGAGCUGCUCAUUACUUAUGGAUUCAGCAAUUUGCAGCAAUGUUUUACACUCUGUCCUGUAAAAUCACUAUCUGGCUACAGUAUUUUACCGAAGAAGCAGAAAAUAACUGAUGCCCAUUAUUCAAUAGCUAUGUGUGGUGGGGAUUUAACAAAUGAUUUUACAUGAGGAAAAUGUUCCUUUUUGCUUUACUGGAUAAUGCCAGCUUGAAUACCUGUCUAGUUUUAUUCGAGAAACAUUAUGCCCURUUUCUUCUGAAUCCUUAACCCACCAAAUAGGGGCACAACAGAACAAACAUAGACAACUGUCAGCUCUCCUUCAUACUUACAGCUCUUUUUUUCAUGUUCCUGAAGCCAUUGUCAUCAAGAAAAGGUUUUAUAAAGUAAAACAAGAACAGGUAAAACCUACCUGGUACCAAAAGAAGUUUAAAAAAAAAAAAAAAAGAACUCUUAAAAGCUUGUGAGAGUAUUUUAGUUUGUUAUGGUAACACAGCAUAUUUUUCUUAAGCACUGUUGAAAGAGUUAAAAAAAAAAAAGAAAACUAUGUAUAAUGUGUUGGUAAGUCUGUGUGAUGUGUUCUUUGUCCCCAUUCCUUAAUAUUUUGUAUCCUCAAAUGAUCUGCGUAACUAUAGRUAAAGCACUUUCUAGGAUAACUAUUCUAAUGCAUAAAAACAAAAUGAAAUGGAAGUGAAUGUUGCCUUGUGCUUUUC